UCUUUCUACUUAUUAUUAUUAUUUUUCAUUUGAAGCUUCAACAAUUCUUCCAUUCUUCAUUUCUCUCCUUUCUAUUGCUUUCCUCCAAAAGCUUCAAACUUUGCCUCUUUCGAUUGCUUAAUUGUUUUCUUCGACUAUUUCUUGCAUACAAAAUUCUUUGCUUUUUUUCUGAAAUUAAUACUAGAUUUUUUUGGGUUAAGAUGAUAACCCUUUUAUUCUUGGUGCCUUGAGAUUCAUUUGGAGGUCACAUCCAUCUAUUGUUCUUGGUUUUGCUUUGACGUUAAGAAUAAGCAAUCAAUAUCAGGCAUCUUUCAAAUAAAGUUUCCGGAUCAGUGUUCGAUUGGAUGUGUAGUAUGUGCCAUUAUUGCGGUGCAAGCUUGACGGAAUCAAUUGCUGACAAUAAGAAACAUGGAAAUGAGAGUAGUUUAAAGCUGAAUGGAAAAGUCCCCUUAAAACCUUGUAAAGCUUGCAGAGAGAAGCUAGAGCAAGAAAAUGUGAAAUCGAAUAGUACAACAAGUCCGUAUGCCACACCAUAUAUCAGUCCAAGUGCAUCGCUGUCAAGUACUGACAGCUGUGUGUCCACUUGCAGUAAACUACUUACCCUCCGUCUUUCAUUUUUAUCACGCUGAUGAUGUUAGUUUUAUAUUACAAAAUUUUCGUUAUGUAACCCAGUGUCUCUCUAAUAUCUGAUCUUUCAGGCGAGUUUUCAGUUGACGUUAAUUCAUCUUCAUCUGACAGGAAUAGCCGAGAAGACAGUAUAGUUGAAGGUGUUAUGGUAGAUCUUGAUUCUAAGUGGAAUGCAAAAUCACCAACUGUGGCGAAAAACAACACCCAAGAAAGAAGUAAUGAUAUCGAGGGCUAUACUGUGAGAGACAUAGAGAUUGCAGAUGGAGAUAGCUUUCAAGAAGCUAAGGCUGAGGAUUCUGAAGACCCAACCCUAUCCUCUGCCGAAGAAAAUGAAUAUUCUUUUCGCGAUGAUUUGGAUAUCCAAACAUGGGAACCACCCGAGCCAGAAAACCCGCAGGAUGAUAUGGACAAUUGUGUGGCAUGUAAUGAUGAUGAUGAGGAUCAGGGCAUUGGGAUUGCGAACUGGGGCGAGCCAACCGCUAUGAGUAGUUCUAAGGAUGAAUUAGGUGGGGGCUAUAGGUUUAGAGAGGAAAGACAAAGAGAAUUGGAAAAAGUAUUGAAUGGGAAAUUUAAGGCUCUUGUAGGUCAGCUUCUUAAAUCCGUGGGAGUUUCCUCUUCUGAUGAAGGUGAUAAGAGUUGGGUUGACAUAGUUACAUAUUUAUCUUGGGAAGCUGCGGCAUUUUUGAAGCCUGAUGCUAUCGGAGGUAAUGCGAUGAAUCCUGAUGGGUUUGUUAAAGUGAAAUGCGUUGCAGCUGGUACUCGCAGCCAAAGUCGACUAUUCAAAGGUUUGGUCUUCAAAAAGCACGCCGCUCAUAAGCAUAUGCCAACUAAGUACAAAAAUCCAAGGUUGCUACUGAUUAAGGGCAUGCUUGGCCAUUCUAUGAAUGCACUGUCCUCGUUUAACUCCAUGGACCAGGAGAAAGGCUAUUUGAAAUCUAAAAUGGAUCUUAUAACAUUAUGUCAUCCAAAUGUUAUAUUAGCGGAGAAAACAGUUUCUCGUGAUAUACAAGAGGCGAUUCUGGACAAGGGGAUGACACUAGUACUUGAUAUGAAGCUUCAUCGACUGGAAAGAGUUGCACGUUGCACUGGUUCACGAAUUCUUUCAUGCGAUGAUUUGAACGGCCAAAAACUACGACAGUGUGACUCUAUUUAUUUUGAGAAAUUUGUGGAGGAACAUGAUGGUACUGGUGAAGGAGGAAAGAGGCCCACCAAGACCUUGAUGUUUAUCGAGGGAUGUCCUACACGUCUCGGCUGUACGAUUUUGCUGAAAGGAACACACAGCGAUGAACUGAAGAGGAUCAAAUGUGUCAUGCGGUGUGCAGUUAUAAUGGCAUAUAACUUAAUCCUCGAAACCUCUUUUCUUGUUGAUCAGAAAGCAAUGUUCUCUACUAUUCCUCCAGUUAAUAUGGCAGAUAUCUUGCCACUCAAUAAAGAAUCCAGCGAUUCAGCUUCUAUUUAUUCAAGUGUUCCGUCUGUUGAGCGUUCUGAUGAAAAUGGAAUAGUUAGUACUGAUAUUCCCAUAUACAAUGGACUUCAUGAAAAAAGUACCGAUGAUUUAACCGUAGAAACUGAAGAGUUUUCACCAUUUUCUUAUGAGCCAUAUAAUCCAGCUGUCUUUUCUGGAUUCUCAGCAAUUUCAUCUUCUCUGAAAAAGGUUAUGGGGGACAGUUUCCAGCUGUCUGCUCCUUACCAGUCUCUAUCGACAUACUUUGGCUUCAAUGGAAGGAAACUUAAUGUUCAGGUCAACAAUUCUGUUUCUAUUAUAGACUCUCCGGAGGCAGAUGAAAAUACUAAGAUUGAAGAUAAAAAUAAUUCUGAUGAAGUAAAGUUGCUUAACGAGGGACAAACCCUGUCUUCACCCGUGUACUUGGAUUCCAAUGGUGAUAUAACUAAAGUUGAUAAUGAUAGAAAAGAACUCCAAAGUAAAGAUGAUAUCAAUGCAGUGUUGGAUUCUCAGAGUAUUUUGGUCUUGAUGUCUAGCCGUAACGCCUUAAGAGGAACUGUAUGCCAACAAAGUCAUUUUUCCCAUAUUAUGUUCUACAAGAAUUUCGACAUCCCACUUGGAAAGUUUCUGCAGGAUAACCUUCUCAAUCAGACAAGAACUUGUGACACCUGUCAAGAAUUGCCGGAAGCUCACCUUUAUUAUUAUGCUCAUCACAAUAAACAACUUACUAUACAAGUGAAACAAUUGCCGCCAGGAAUUAUUUUGGCUGGGGAGGCUGAACAGAAAAUUUGGAUGUGGAGCCGCUGUGGAAAAUGCAAGUCUUGUUCUACAAAGAGAGUGUUGAUAUCCACCACUGCUCGUAGUCUAUCGUUUGGAAAAUAUUUGGAGCUUAGCCUUUCUCACUACUCAUCUAGCAGAAAAUUGAGUUGUGGUCAUUCUCUUGAUAGAGAUUUUCUCUACUUCUUUGGAUUAGGUCGCAUGGUUGCAGUGUUCAGAUAUUCUUCUGUCAUUACUUAUACUGUGUCUAUGCCUCCUCAAAAGCUAGAGUUCAGUGGUGCAAUAAAACAAGAGUGGCUUUUGAAAGAGGCCGAGAAUGUGCACAUGAAAGGCAUAUCACUAUUCACAGAAAUUGCAAAAUGUUUGAAGACAAUACAAUUUGAUGGAACAACCUCUAACCGAGGAUCGAAAAGAGAGUUCUCUGAGGUUGAGAAGAUGUUAAAGCAAGAGCAAGAAGAGUUUGAGGUUAACAUCAAGAUUGUUGUUGCUAAGAAAGGUGAUCCAAGCCGGUCUGCCUAUAAACUACUCAGUCUAAACCGAUUGAUGUGGGAUCUUCUGAUCGAAUCCGCUGUGUGGGAUCAACGCUUGAACGCAUUACGCUCACCGGAGAAACCUGUGCAAGAGUAUAGUUUGUCAAAGGCGAAAGGUACUGCUGGUAGAGAAACUGCAUCUACAGGUAGUUUUAGGGAAAAUGGCUAUGUGAAUGGGGAUGCAGAUGAAAAAAUUAUGUCGGAAAUAUCUGUGGAAGUAAAGGAAAUUCCUAUCAGCGGAUCUCCUCUAGAGUGCAAUGAACAGGAUGAUCCAAACACUUUUGAUGUCUCACAGAAUGUAAAAAUACAGACUGUUGAUGGUUCGGGAUCGAAUAAAUCUUCUGAUCAAAAGUUGGAAUCGAGGUCAGAUGUUUUAACUCAGUUUCCUUCUGCAAAUGGACACCUUCAAGUACAUGAAAAAUUAACAGUUGCUACAGAUAUUCAACCUAUUCGUCCAAUCGCUGAUGUUAAGGUAUUAAACAAGAGUGCUUUACUGCACUCACCAGUUUCCAACUUACCUAGUGAAUGGUUCUGGAAGCCAUUUGCUGAUAUUCGACAGAUAGGCAUAAGGGAAUUUCAGAAAAGUUUCUUUCCGAAGUUUGAAUAUUUUUUCAGCUCUAUUGCGGAACAUGUUCCAACAGGGAAUCAAUUAAUCACUGAGGAAGGUCCAAGGUUGCACAUUCCUCUCAAGACAGAUAAUCAUAUUGUGUCUGACUUUGAGGGUGAACCCUCCAGCAUAAUUGCUUGUGCGCUAGCCUUGUUGAAAGAUUCAUCUGAGGUCACAGAAGUAGACGAAGGUGAUGUGAGAGAAAGUGGAAUAACUUCAAAAUCUACAGAUUCUUUGCAUGGCUUUCCAGAUUCAGAUUCUGUGCACUCUAAUGGAAGCACUUCUUCAGAAGCGUCACAAACAUUUCGUGCUACAGAAAACCAUAGCAUAGAAAUUCAUUUUGGUUAUGCAAAAUCACUUGGGAGGGAAAAAUAUUCAGUUAUUUGUCACUAUUUUAAGCAGUUCCGUGCACUUAGAAAUUCGUGUUGCCCAUCUGAGAUUGAUUAUAUUGCUUCUUUAAGCCGAUGUAUGAAUUGGGAUGCCAAAGGUGGAAAAAGCAAGUCUUUUUUUGCUAAAACAGUUGAUGACAGGUUUAUCAUAAAGGAAAUCAAGAAGACAGAACUUGAAGCAUUUUUGGGGUUCUCUUCUCUGUAUUUCAAACACAUGAGAGAGUCAUUUGAGUCGGGGAGCCAAACCUGUCUUGCAAAAGUCUUGGGGAUAUAUCAGGUUACGAAACGACAUGUUAAAAGUGGAAAAGAGGUUAAACAUGACUUCGUGGUGAUGGAAAAUCUUGCGUACAACCGACAUAUUGUGCGCCAGUAUGAUCUUAAAGGUGCUCUUUUUGACCGUUAUAAUUCAGCUGCUGUUGGGGCUGGAGAUGUUCUUUUGGAUCAGAACUUUGUGAAUGACAUGAACUCUUCCCCAUUAUAUGUCAGUCAUAAAGCAAAGCGAGUUCUUCAGAGGGCUGUUUGGAAUGACACAUCUUUUCUCAAUUCAAUCAAUGUGAUGGAUUAUUCUUUACUUGUUGGAGUUGAUUCUCAGAAGCGCGAACUUGUUUGCGGGAUCAUUGAUUAUCUCAGGCAGUAUACAUGGGACAAACAUCUAGAGACAUGGAUGAAGUCUUCACUUGUUGUCCCCAAGAAUCUAUUGCCAACUGUAAUUUCUCCAAAAGAAUACAAGAAAAGGUUCAGGAAGUUUAUGUCUACAUAUUUUUUAAGUGUUCCAGAUCAUUGGUGUUCUCAGAUAUCCCCUAUUCCUUGCAAAGUUUGUUGCUCAGGAGAAGAUGACACUUCCCAACAAAAACCCUAGCAUUACUACUAGGGUCCCAAAUAGUUUCUCUGCCUAAACUUUUUAAUUUAUUUCUCAAAAGAAUUAUACAAAUUGAAUUUAUGCGAUUAUGCAACUGUUAGAACUGUAUAUAGACAGCCGAUAUUUGGUUUAAAACCUAGCCCUGCUAUUCUACAAUUUUUAGAGAAUUUCAAGGGAUGUUUUCAUUUAUAGGUUCAUCCUGUCCAACAUGAGAUGAACAAUUUUUUUGUAAAGUCAAGGGGAACAAUGUAAAGGUUUAUUUUGAAUUUUGAGUCAAUGAAAAGUACAGUUGAUAGCAUU